UAACUUCAAAAAAAAAAAAUCACAGAAGAAGGAAACCUCAAUGAUGGGUACUUUGAUUCUAGAAUCAACUAGAAAACCUCCUCAAUUCAUUCCAAGAACUAAAGAACAACAAAAAUUAUCACUGAUACUACAACAAAACCCAACUCUGAAAUUACACCAACUCAAACAAAUUCACGCUCAAAUAUUCCAUAAAUCACUUGAGCAAGACAAUAUUUUGAUCACAAAAGUAAUCACAGCUUGUUCUAAUUCAGGCACAAUGGACUACGCAACUCGGGUAUUUAAUUAUUUUCUUGAACCUGAUCUCAUUCUUUGUAAUUCAAUGCUUAAAGGCUACACUCAAAACCAUAUGUUUCGAAAAGCUCUAUUUUUUUAUCUUCAGUUUUUACAAAAUGGGUUCUCCCCUGAUAAUUAUACGUUCCCGUAUAUACUUAAAACAUGUGCUGCGAUGACGAUUUGUAGAUUGGGACAACAAAUUCAUGCUUCUUUGAUUAAAAAUGGAAGUGUUUUGGAUGUUUUCGUGUUCAAUUCGUUACUUGAUAUGUACUGUAAGUGUGGGCAGAGUGAAUUUGCAAUGAAGGUGUUUCAGGGAAUUUCUGAACCAAGUUCAACUUCUUGGAAUAUAAUGAUUUGUGGGUUUUUAAGUUCUGGUGAUUUAAUGUCUGCACAGAAGCUGUUUGAUGUAAUGCCUUACAGAGACGUGUCCUCUUGGAAUACAAUGUUAAGUGCUUAUGCGAAAUGUGGGGAGUUAGAGAAUGCCAAAAGAUUGUUUUAUGAGAUGCCUGUGAGGAAUUUAGUUUCCUGGAAUGCUUUGAUUGCAGGGUUUUCUCAGAAUGAGCGAUUUGAUGAGGCUUUAUCCACGUUUUCAGAGAUGUUGAAGGCUGGAAUUAGACCUGAUAAAACUACAAUAUUAUCUGUUGUUUCAGCUGUAAGCACGAUUAGUUCUCCUGGAGAUGAUGUUGUUAAACAAGUAGUUGGUUUUGCUAGAGCAAUAGGUUCGGUUUCUGUAUUAACAGCAGUUUUAGAUAUGUAUGCUAAGCUUGGGAGAAUUGAUGAUGCACGAGCAAUUUUUGAUGAAAUUUCGGAAAAAGAUCUUGUGUCAUGGAAUGCUAUGAUUUCAGGGUAUUCUCAAAACCAAAAACCGGCAGAAGCAAUACAGCUAUUUCGAGAUAUGCAAUCAGAGUGCAGGGUUAAAAUUAAAGCUGACAAGUUGACUAUGGUUAGCUUGAUCUCUUCCUGCUCACAGAUGGGAGCAUUAGCUCUUGGUGAAUGGGUUCAUACUUACAUUGAGAAGUUUGGUAUCGAGUUCGAUGAAUACUUGGCGGCUGCACUUGUUGACAUGUAUGCGAAAUGUGGAGAUUUGGAUCGAUCUAGGAGGAUUUUUCAGGAGAUGCCAAGAAAGGAUGUAGCCCUGUGGAAUUCAAUGAUCAAAGCGCUGGCAAUUCACGGGGAAGUAAAAGAAACACUAAAGAUUUUCGCACAGAUGGAAAGGAACUCCGUAACACCAAACGAUAUCACUUUUAUAGGAUUGCUUAAUGCAUGUAGUCAUGGAGGUUUUGCUGAAAAGGGCCUGGAGUUAUUCAGUUUAAUGCAGAGCCAAUAUCAGAUUGUUCCACGAAUAGAACACUAUGGUUGUAUUGUUGAUCUCCUCUGCCGAGCUGGACGCCUUACUGAUGCUUAUGAUUUUGUCAAAAAGAUGCCCAUCAAGCCUGACAAGGUUAUUUGGGGUGCACUUCUUAGCUCGUGUCGGUCCCACCAAAAUGUUGAAUUGGCUGAAGAAGUUGCUCGUAAGCUCACUGAGUUGGACCCAAAUCAUGAUGGUACUUAUGUGCUUCUUUCGAAUGUUUACGCUUCUGUAGGGAAGUGGAGAGAUGUGAAGAAAGUGAGGGAUCAAAUGAAGGCACAAAACGUGCAAAAAGCUCCAGGUUGUAGUGCAGUUGAACUGGAUGGUGUUCUGCAUGAGUUUACAGCAGGGGAUAAAACACAUCCUAGAUUCGAAGAAAUAUAUAAAGCUUGGGAUGAAAUCGUAAAGAGAAUCAAGCCAAUGGGUUAUGAGCCUGACAAAGGAUUCUCGCUAAAGAAUCUGGAUGAAGUAGAUAAAGAAGAAGCGUUGAACCGUCAUAGUGAAAAAUUGGCUUUGACAUUCGCGUUCAUAAGUACAGAACAUUCACAACAUAAACCAGCAAUCAAGAUUGUGAAAAACCUGAGAAUUUGUGGGGAUUGUCAUACAGCCAUGGAGUUUGUAUCAAAACUUGAAGGCAGAGAGAUAAUAGUAAGAGAUCGAAAUCGUUUUCAUCACUUUAAAGCAGGAUUAUGUUCUUGUGGGGGUUAUUGGUGAUAUGGGAUAAAAAAGAAUAUCAAAGUAGCUGCAAUUUUUUGGUACCAUCACCUUGCAAAGUAAGUAAAACUGAAAACAUUCUUCAUUACUGUAAGACACUUUAUGUUCUUGCCUAUGUUUCAUGGUUUAAAGCUGUAUAAAUUAUUUGUCCUGUAUUCUAUGGAACUUGUUAAA